GAGAAGUUUUACACAGUUUCAUUUUGAUUCUACUCAGGAACUACUGACGGUAGUAACGGCGUAAACUACCACGAACCGGACAUCGCCUUGAACAGUAUCCAUUUGGACAAGACAAUCAGAACCAUGUGUGGGAUCUUUGCCUACCUGAAUUACUGUGUGCCUCGCACCAGAAAGGAGAUAUUUGAGACGCUGGUGAAGGGACUGCGAAGGCUGGAGUACAGAGGCUAUGAUUCAGCAGGCAUCGCUGUGGACGGCGACAAGAAGACAACGACAGAAGACAACAGCAAAAUUGUUCUCAUCAAGAAGAAAGGCAAAGUGAAGGCCCUGGAUGAAGAGCUCUACAAGAAAGAUUGCAUGGAUCUGGAGGUGGAGUUGGACACACACUUUGGCAUUGCUCACACACGCUGGGCCACACACGGUGAACCCAGUGCCCUCAACAGCCAUCCCCAGCGCUCCGACAAGAACAACGCGUUUGUUGUCAUCCACAAUGGCAUCAUCACCAACUACAAAGAGUUAAAGAAGUACCUGAACUCCAAGGGCUACGAGUUUGAGUCUGAGACGGACACAGAGGUCAUCCCUAAACUGAUCAAAUAUGUUUACGACAACCGUGAGAGAGAAGACUUGUCCUUCUCUACGCUGGUGGAGAGGGUCAUUCAACAGCUGGAGGGGGCCUUCGCCCUGGUGUUCAAAAGCCAUUAUUUCCCCGGAGAGGCUGUAGCCACCAGGAGAGGAAGUCCUCUUCUCAUUGGUGUGCGGAGCAAGUAUGAGCUUUCCGCAGAGCACAUCCCGAUCCAGUACAACAGUGCACCAUACUACUUUGUCCUGAGGGACUGUGCAGUCACCCCAGUGUCUACAGAGCGACAGGGGGCUGCUGAGCCCAUAGGUCUGUUCAAGGAGGGGGUCCAGGAUAAGAACAGCCACAACCGGCCAGACAAGCCAGACAACUCCACUGCUGUGAAUUCAGCUGGAGACGGCAAGGCUGUAGAGUACUACUUUGCCUCCGACGCCAGUGCCAUCAUAGAGCACACCAACAAGGUGAUCUACCUGGAGGAUGAUGACAUUGCAGCAGUGGUCGGGGGCAAGUUGUCCCUCCAUAGGCUGAACAGCCUGGCAGGGGAGAAUCCAGUCCGGGCAAUCCAGACCCUCCAGAUGGAACUACAGGAGAUUAUGAAAGGUAACUUUGAGGCAUUUAUGCAAAAGGAGAUCUUUGAGCAGCCAGAGUCUGUCUUCAACACCAUGAGGGGACGGAUCUGUUUUCACACCAACAAAGUGAUCCUGGGAGGGCUGAAGGACCACCUGAAGGAGAUCAAACGCUGCAGACGCCUCAUCGUGAUUGGCUGUGGAACCAGCUUCCACGCUGCCGUGGCUACCAGACAGAUUCUGGAGGAGCUGACAGAGCUUCCUGUCAUGGUGGAACUGGCUAGUGACUUCCUGGACCGCAACACACCCGUCUUCAGAGAUGACGUCUGCUUCUACAUCAGCCAAUCAGGUGAGACAGCAGACACUCUGAUGGCUCUGAGGUACUGUAAGGAUAGAGGAGCUCUGACCGUGGGGGUCACCAACACAGUGGGCUCCUCCAUCUCCAGAGACACAGACUGCGGGGUGCACAUCAACGCCGGUCCAGAGAUCGGUGUGGCCAGCACCAAGGCCUACACCAGCCAGUUUGUGGCUCUCAUCAUGUUUGGUCUGAUGAUGAGUGAGGACAGGAUCUCCCUGCAGCCGAGGAGGCUGGAGAUCAUCAAUGGACUUAGGAUUCUCCCAGACAUGAUCAAGAAGGUUCUGACUCUGGAUAAUAAGAUCAAGUCCAUAGCAGAUGAGCUGUAUCAGCAGAAGUCUCUGCUGGUCAUGGGACGAGGCUUCAACUACGCCACCUGUCUGGAGGGGGCACUGAAAAUCAAGGAAAUCACGUACAUGCAUUCAGAGGGCAUCCUGGCUGGGGAGCUGAAGCACGGCCCUCUGGCUCUGAUUGACAAGCACAUGCCCGUCAUCAUGAUCAUCAUGAAAGACGCCUGCUACACCAAGUGUCAGAACGCACUGCAGCAGGUCACAGCCAGAUCGGGGCGGCCGAUUAUCCUGUGCUGCCAGGACGACCAGGAGAUGUCUAAAAAUGCGUAUAAGACCAUUGAGCUGCCUCACACAGUGGACUGUCUCCAGGGCAUCCUCAGUGUCAUCCCUCUGCAGCUCCUGUCCUUCCACCUGGCCGUGCUACGGGGAUACGACGUGGACUGUCCCAGGAACCUGGCCAAGUCUGUCACUGUGGAGUAAUAGCAGACAGACAGACAGGAGGCAAACAGGACAGGAGGCAGUAGAGACCAUAACACUCUGCUCAAGAGAGACACUGAGUGGAGGCUUACACAUAAAAGUGCAAUUGUGUGUGUGUGUGUGUGUGUGUGUGUGUGUGUGUGUGUGUGUGUGUGUGUGUGUGUGUGUGUGUGUGUGUGUGUGUGUGUGUGUAAAUCUCAUGACUGUUUGACCAUCUGUCCAAUCAGCAGCAUUAUCACCAAUAAUGUUUCCAAAGCAAGAGACUAUACACUACUGUGCCUUGUACCCAAUUGGUGCCUUGUCCACAAACAGUUGAGCCAAAAAACACCAAAUGUAGGAUUAAUACAUUGACUUGGUAGAUUGAAGUGCUUAUAACUCUGCAAUAUGUGAAAAAGUACAUUGUGAAUGUUUAUGAUAAUAUUCUCUUCAUGUGUAUUGGGCUCUCUGUCCUGUGGCAGUCUAUCAUCUUCACUUUGUAUCUUGGGAAGUGUAGUCUAUUCCAUAGCAUUCCUUUAUACAGAAUAGCCUAUAGAGCCCCACAGUGGAAGUGUCAUAAUAUCCAUAAAACCUAGCGGUCAAACAGGGAAAUGGUUCCAAUCGUUUUUCCACCAUUCAUUUUUCUCAUAGGGGAGUUUAGAAACACUUAAAAUAAGGUCUGUGUUUUGUGUAGACUUACCCUGGUGUGAUGUUUUGAUAACCAUGUAAAUCUCUCUCGGACAAGGUGACUUUUAUCAAUAUAUUCAGCUCUAUUUACUCUCAGAUUCGAAAAUGCUAAUUAGCAUUAAAGUAUACUACAAAUCCUUGCAAGCUCCUGCAUGUCAUCUCAACUAACAGGUAUUAUAUCAAGAAAAAAAUGUGUUGCACAAGACAGUUCACAGAAUUGUCGUUUUAAAGAAAUGUUGCCAAUUUAUUAAUGACUAAAUUUAGCUAACUUUAGAGAGUUAAUCCAGAGAUUCUUACCUUUGCUUCGAUUUCGGCAGUCUCGUCCAGAUCAUCAUGGUAUUUGUAGUUUUUUUAAAUUGCCACAUUAGCAGCUAAAUAGCAUUUCAUUUGUGGGGGUAAAUACAGGCUAAUAUAUUGAUAAAAGUCACCUUGUCCUAGAGAGAUUUACAUGGUUAUCAAAAUGUAAUGCCAAGGGAAGCCUACACAAAACACAGCCCUUAUUUUUAUAUUUUUUCUAAAAUCCCCUAUGGGCAAAAUGAAUGGUGGAAAAACUAUUGGAACCAUUUCUUUGUUAGACCGCUAGGUUUUAUGGGUAUUAUGACUCAUACUGUGGUACUCCAUAGCUAGGACAUUGUAAGGAACUAUUCCAGAAAGCGCUAUUGAUGUACUAUGUAUGUACAUCAUAACACUUAUGCUUUGAUGUACACACUUUGCUUUGAUGUACUGUAUACAGCCUCUAUUCAUUGUGCCUUGUAGUCCUUUUUAAUCCUUCUGAGUGAAACUUUUACUCAUGAGGGGAUUACUGUUAAUCUACACUCCAAUCUGUUGAAAAGGGCUGGAUGAUACUGCUACAGUUUAGUCUCUCAAGACACCAUAAUUAUUCUUCUUAAUUUAAUUCACUACCCUUUCAUGAAUCCUUAUUCUGUGUUGAGUCGUUGUGUGGUGGUCAUCAUCAUCAUCACAAUCUUAUUCUAUUUUCUGUCAUGCAGCAUUGUGGGGGACAUCUGUCACAUUCUCUGAAGAUUGUCUGCGCUUCAUUGUCUUAUUUAUCCCAUGUAUGAUACCCACUUUCUUUUAUAUUGUAUUUCAUCUCCCAUAAUGCCAGUGUUGACCUAACUAUUGUUUUCAUGAGGCACUACCCUGACAUCUCAUAGGAAGAGUGAUAUGCAGAAGAAAAGGAGCAAGAUAUAAUAUGAAUUGUAGUUUUGGCAGUUUCACUACGUGUACUGUAUAGGGUAAAACAUGUUAGAUGUACUGUAUAGGGUAAAACAUGUUAGAUGUACUGUAUAGGGUAAAACAUGUUAGAUGUACUGUGUAGGGUAAAACAUGUUAGAUGUACUGUGUAGGGUAAAACAUGUUGUACUGCAGUUGGUGUAUUUAUCAGGUUAUUUUAUGACGAUUUAAAAAAGUGAUGCUGAUUUAUCGCUUUAACUAUGAUUGUAUUUUAUACCGUAGGUUUUCUAGCAACCAGAUAUUCUAUUAAUUAAUUCAUGAAUAAAGGAAACUUUAAAAUGGAAA